AAACACAUUUCCGACUGAAGAGUUAGAAGUGCACCUUGUGUGACAGUCACUGUCAGCAUGUCUGCUGUCUGGGUAAAGCUCAUAACCAUCCUUUGUCUCUCCUGCACAGCCCUGAGUGACCCAGAGAGCAAUGGAGUCGUAUGGAGAGAUACUGGAGGAGCUGUCACUAUCCAGUGCAGAUUACCUAAGUCCCAAUCGAACCAAGAGGUCCUGAUUUUGAAGAAAGGGCUCAGUCAGAAAAAUGAGGUUUUGCACAUAGAUGGUGACUCAGGCAAAAAUAUCACUGCCACAAAAUUCCAGGGUAGACUUCAGUUAAAUGGAGUAUUCCCCAACAUGGACAUUCUCAUCAAAAACUUGACCUCUGACGACACGGGACCAUACUGGUGCAAAUACAAAAGGUUUGACCAGGGGACUGCUGCACUCGUAACCACAGAAGGCAAUGGAUCCGUGCUGCUGGUGGUGACAGAUGAGCGACAUCAAGUUAAUACAGACACAUCGCAGCAGUGUGAGCCGUCAAAAAAGAAUAUGGUUCUGGUGGCUGUUGUGAUCUCUACAGCUGUGCUGCUUGGCAUCAUGAUCUUCCUUCUCACAUGGACCAUCCUCAAGGUCAAGACUCGGUGCAACUCAGUGAAACCGAGGCACGUCGCCACCAAUGAUGUUUAUGAGGACAUGCGUGGAACACUGAGACGAUGAAGACGUCAGCCUGCAAGCGAGCAACCUGAAACUCCAUCUCUGCACCCCUGUGGUGCAGGCGAUUCAAGUGAAGCUAUGUAGCAACUCACCACGUCCUCCUCCCACAUACUCAGAGACUCAAGACGUCUCUUCAAGGCCUUGCACAUGAUUGACUGUGUGUCAGUGAAAGACAGUUAAGACAAUAGGGUCCAUGAAUUUCUAUAAGUAAUGACAUUGGAACACCUACAUUGCCAUUCAACGGUUUCGGCAGGAUGUAUGAAAAUACAGAACUGCAUUUGAAAAUAGUCAUAGUUUGUUUCUGUGGCAAAAAAAGAACUGACAUGUGAUCGUGAUAUCAAUUUUUUUAUGUAAAUAUGUUUUCUUUAAUGUUAUUUCUUACAGUUUUAUAUAAAGUUAAUACACUUUUUGAAGAUUUUUUUUUAUAUUACUAAAGGCAGUGUUCAUUUGAAUGCAAUAAAAGAUACUGAGUUUUAAUAAAGACUGCAAUUUGAUGUCUACA